UAACCGCGGUACUGGGAACGAGUUGAGGUCAGCCACCCCAAAUGGCGACACGCCUGUUCCUGCAUGCUGUGCGCUCGUGAAGAUGAAAAUUUUGUCGUUUUUGCUCCUUUUCUUAGGUUAAACGUCGCCAAACCUCAGCUCAACAAAGCAUGAGGUUGAUAAAGACUUUAAGGUCUUAUUUAAAAACUUUAUGUCCGCCGUGCUAGCUGUUGAAAUUGUCACUUCGCGUCUCAUGCAAGUUGUUGUUGUUUUGGGGUCAUCUUAUUUCCGAGAUUUUCUUUUAAUGUUGACCUCGACAUUAUCACAAUGACGGAGUUUCUGAUCGGAGGGUUUUCCACAUGUGGUGCCUGUGUGUUUACCAACCCACUGGAGGUUGUGAAGACCAGAAUGCAGCUCCAAGGCGAGCUGAAGUCCCGUGGAACGUACCAGCGCCAUUACCGUAACGUGUUUCACGCCUUCUUCACCAUCGGCCGUGUGGAUGGACUGCUGGCCCUACAGAAGGGCCUGGUGCCCGCGCUAUGGUACCAGUUUUUCAUGAACGGCGUUCGACUGGGCACAUACCAGAGCCUGGACAACCUCGGCCUGACCACAGACAGUAGUGGGAACGUGGUAUGGUGGAGAAGUAUCAUGGCAGGGGCAGCGUCUGGUUGUGCAGGGGCCUUUGUCGGUAGUCCUAUCUAUAUGGUGAAAACCCAGCUCCAGUCCCGGUCAGCCUCCACCAUUGCCGUGGGUCACCAACACACCCAUGCCAGCAUGACCCAGGGGUUAAAGGGCAUUUAUGCAGAGUAUGGCAUCAUGGGACUGUGGCGAGGGGUGAGCGGCGCCAUGCCGAGGGUCACAGUGGGGUCAGCAGCCCAGCUCAGCACAUUCGCUAUCUCCAAGGAGAAAAUACAGAACCUGGGGAUCUUUCCACACAACAGUUUUGCAGUGCCGAUGCUGGGUGCCAUGGUGAGCAGUGUUGUCGUGGUAACGUUCAUGACGCCGUUUGACGUGGUCAGCACACGACUCUACAACCAACCCGUGGACGCCCGUGGGAAAGGAACGUUGUACCGGGGAGUUUGGGACUGCUUCAAGAAGAUAUUCCACAAAGAAGGAGUCUGGGGAUUCUACAAGGGGACUGCAGCAUCGUAUUUCCGUCUGGGACCGCACACAAUUUUGAGCCUACUUUUCUGGGAUCGCUUCAGGGAACUUUACUUACAUCUCGGGAAGGGUGAUUCUGCAGUAUAGGAUGGACAGAACCCAGGACUGAGAUACAAACAAACUUGCAGUCCAGGGUCAUUCCCUCAUCUGGAUGCAUACUUGUAAACGCUAACGUGAUUGAUCCUGUUUUUAAUUCAAUUUAUACAAAUGAACAAUAUAUUGAGAAAAAACAGACGUUCCAGAUUUCGUCUGACAUCUUUCUGCAGUAAACGAAAAUGGAUGCUUUCUGAAUAAGGGUCACCUGUAAUUUCU